CUCCCUCUGGCUUUCCCAGCAGGAGAGCAGGGAGUGGAGGAGAAACCAGGAGAGGAGAUUAAAGAGCAGUGAGUGCUUUUCAUUGGCCAUCUUAAAACUGCAGCUGGGUAAUUAAGGCUUUGGCAGCUCACAAAUAGCCCAGCUUCUGCUCUCUCCCUCCUGUUGAGCCUGGCCCUGCUGUGAGGAGCUGAGUUUUGGACCUUGGCAGGAAGGGAGUGAAAGCAGAAGCCAUGCAGGGACCAAGACCAGUGGUUCUGAGUGGCCCAUCAGGUGCAGGCAAGAGCACUUUGCUGAAGAAGCUGCUCAGGGAUUAUGAGAACAUCUUUGGCUUCAGUGUCUCCCAUACCACAAGGCAGCCAAGACCUGGAGAAGUAAAUGGCAAAGAUUAUCACUUUGUGUCCAGAGAGGAAAUGCAGAAAGAAAUUGCUGCUGGAGAAUUCAUUGAGCAUGCAGAGUUCUCUGGGAACAUGUAUGGGACAAGUAAAGGUGCAGUGCAGGCUGUUCAGGCCCAGAACCAGAUCUGUGUCCUGGACAUUGACAUCCAGGGGGUGAAGAACAUCAAGCAGACAGAGCUGAACCCCAUCUACAUCUCGGUGCAGCCUCCCUCCAUCGCCAUCCUGGAGCAGCGGCUCCGGGACCGCAAGACCGAGACAGAGGAAAGCCUGCAGAGGCGGCUGGCUGCGGCGCGCGUCGACUUGGAGCUCAGUAAAGAGCCUGGCCUGUUUGACUUGGUCAUCAUUAAUGAUGACUUAGAAAAAGCCUAUUCUGAAUUGAAGGAAGUGCUCCUGGAGGAAAUCCAGAAGACCCAGGAGUCCAGGAAGUGCUGAGCUGAGGCUGCUUGGACCUGGUCACUUUGCACAGCAUCCCCACAGCACGUGGCACCCCCUGGUUCCGAGAGACAUUCCCUCUAGCCUGCCCCUCCUCCCACCUCGCUCUAGGACGUUUCUAUUAAAAGGAAAGAAA